AAAACUUUUCAAAAAAGUCAAAACGCAAUACGCAAUGUCCAAGAAAAUGAAGAGAAUGGCUUUAACAGAUUCGGAAAACGUAGCAACACCGUAUAAAAAAACAGUUCCAGCAUGCGAGAGUUGCAAAUUCUUAGUGGAGGGAUUGAAAACGUUGCAAGAAACCGUGGAAAAUUUAAAAAAAGAAUUUAAUUCAACCGUAUCUAUUCAAAAUGAUGCUGUGAUGUCUGCUCUUGCUCAACAAAAAAUUAUAUUGGAGAAGUUAGUUCGGCAAGAUAACGUGCUUACUUCAGUAAAGCAAUACUUUCCGAUAAAAACCACUGAGGACCUGAAUACAAUAGAAUCCAAAAUUUUUCCAGAAAACACUCAUUUGUUUAUUACCACUAUGAGGACAGUAUUAAACCAUUCGGUGAUGAAAAACUUAAGAUAUCUGUUGACAACCGAAAUCAUAAUGACUUAUAACAUAGACGGGACACACGGCAAGAAAGGUCUGAAGGAGUUCUCUAAGUUUUAUUCAGCCUUGUUGGAAUCAAUAACAAGCAUUACAAGUUGUGAUGAGCCUGAGGUGCAACUUAGGAAGGCAAUGCAGCUGCACAAGAAGCGAGAGUUUCAAAAAAGAAGCUCGGACAAAGCUGCACAAUCAACUAGCCAAACUAGUCAAUAAUUAGUAUUCAUUUAUAACUAUGUACAUGAAUUUUUUUUUUUAAUUUUUUUUUAUCAAAAUUUUGAGUUUUUAAUUUUACCUCUUCAGUCAAACCACGUGAAGUGGGCCCAAAAUUGCCAUCAAAUACCGAUUUUAAUAGUAAAUACAUUUUUGGAUAUGGGGUCCGUCACGUACUAAACGCUAUAGAUGUUCCUUUCAUAUUCCACUUUUUGUUUGUUUUAUUAACAAUUGAAAUUUAUUGCAAGAUACCAUUGUAAAAUCAUUUUCUCAUAAACUGCUGUAGAUAAUUGCAUGAAAUUUGGUGUACUUAUAGAAAAAUUUUUAUGCUUUCUAUCAUCCUUUUAUUUACUGUAUAAUUGUUUAAACAAUAAUAUUUCGCAAUGCUUUUUAAUAAACAAUUGAAAUUGUUUCGCGUUCUGCACGCUGUAAAUGAUUAAAACUAAAGUCAGUGCAAAGUAUGCAUAACUGAGCCUUUGUCUGUGCACAAAAAAGUCGAUAUCUUUGGAACGGAGUUGACGAAUACAUUUUUUUACAGAUUAUUAAAGGUAAAUGUUUUCAGCGUAAUCUAAAACUAUUGCCAAAUAUUAUUGUUUUAACAAUUAUUCAGUAAAUAAACAGCUGAUAGACAACAUAAUAAUAUUUCUAUAAGUACACAAAUUUCAUACAAUUAUCUAAAAUGGCUUAUGGGAAAAUGAUUUUAUAAUUAUAUCUUGCAAUAAAUUUCAAUUGUUAAUAAAACAAACAGAAAGCGGGAUAUGAAAAGAACAAUUAUAGCGUUUAGUAAGUGACGAAGCCCCUAUCCAAUAAUGUAUUUACUAUUAAAAUCGGUAUUUGAUGGAAAUUUUUGUGCCCACUUCACGUGGUUUGACUCUAUUACUUUUAUAAAAUUAAAAAAAAAACACUGAAAUGUAAAGCUAAUGAAUUUGAUUUAA